GGGGCGCGCCGGCGGGAGCGGUCGCAGUCGCGCGCGAGCACGGCGAGGGGGCGCGCGCAUCGGAGCACGUGCAUGGCGCGUCUGACUGAAUGCCUCGCGCCCUCGGGGAAUGGCUUCGUCCGAGGAAGAGGCGACUACGCCGAACCCUAAUUAUGACUGCCUCAGUGUCCGAAGAUGGUGGUGUUUCCUGCUCUCGUCGAUCUUCACGUUCCUCGCGGGACUGCUCGUGGUGCUACUAUGGCGCGCGUGCGCGUUCGUCUGCUGUCACAAGGAGCCCGAGCUCGCGCCCAACGACCCCAAGCAGAAGGAGCAGAAGGCCGCGAGACAGGGCAAACAGGAGUUCGAGGGGACCUUCAUGACCGAAGCGAAAGACUGGGCCGGCGAACUCAUUUCCGGUCAGACCACCACCGGACGUAUUCUGGUAGUGUUGGUGUUCAUUCUGAGUAUAGCAUCGCUCAUCAUCUACUUCAUUGACGCAUCCAGGAAUACUGAAGAAGUCGAAAGAUGCCAGAAAUGGAGUGACAAUAUCACUCAGCAAAUCGACCUUGCCUUUAACAUAUUUUUUAUGGUCUACUUUUUUAUACGAUUUAUAGCGGCUAGUGACAAACUAUGGUUCAUGCUCGAGAUGUAUUCGUUUGUAGAUUAUUUCACGAUACCCCCAUCAUUUGUAUCGAUAUACUUGGACAGAACGUGGAUAGGUCUGAGAUUUCUCAGGGCUCUGCGUUUAAUGACCGUGCCUGAUAUUUUGCAAUACCUCAAUAUAUUAAAAACGUCAAGCUCAAUCCGCUUAGCGCAAUUAGUUUCUAUAUUUAUAUCAGUAUGGUUAACAGCCGCCGGUAUUAUUCAUUUGCUGGAAAACUCAGGGGAUCCGUUGGAAUUCGCUAACUCACAGAAGCUCUCAUACUGGACAUGCGUGUAUUUCCUUAUAGUGACGAUGUCCACAGUAGGUUACGGUGAUGUGUUCUGUCACACUGUACUAGGCAGAACCUUUUUGGUAUUUUUUCUCCUCGUUGGUUUGGCAAUGUUCGCUAGUAGCAUUCCCGAAAUUAUAGAGCUGGUAGGAAGUAGGUCCAAGUACAGUGGCGAGCUGAAGCGUGAACACGGAAAAAGGCACAUUGUUGUAUGUGGCCAUAUAACAUACGAAUCAGUGAGUCAUUUUUUAAAAGACUUCCUACACGAAGAUCGAGAGGAUGUGGAUGUUGAGGUGGUUUUUUUACACAGGAAACCGCCCGACCUGGAGCUCGAAGGCCUGUUCAAGAGACACUUUACCACUGUGGAAUUCUUUCAAGGCACCAUUAUGAAUCCAAUCGACCUGCAAAGGGUAAAAGUCCAUGAAGCAGAUGCUUGUCUGGUGCUAGCCAACAAAUACUGCCAGGAUCCGGACGCUGAGGACGCAGCCAAUAUCAUGAGGGUCAUUUCUAUCAAGAACUACUCCGACGAUAUCAGGGUCAUCAUACAGCUCAUGCAGUACCAUAAUAAGGCCUAUCUGUUAAACAUUCCAUCAUGGGAUUGGAAGCAAGGAGACGACGUGAUUUGCUUGGCGGAACUUAAACUCGGCUUCAUCGCCCAGAGCUGCCUCGCGCCUGGCUUCUCGACCAUGAUGGCCAACCUCUUCGCCAUGCGGAGCUUCAAGACGUCCCAAGACAUGGCUAUAUGGACUAAUGACUACAUGCGAGGUACCGGGAUGGAGAUGUACACAGAGACCCUUAGUCCUACGUUUAUCGGGAUGCCUUUCAUUGAAGCAGCCGAGUUAUGCUUUACGAAACUCAAGCUUCUUCUAUUAGCAAUAGAGAUCAAGGGAGAAGAGGGAGCCGAUAGCAAAAUAUCGAUAAACCCUCGCAACGCGAAAAUCCAUGCCAAUACCCAAGGGUUCUUCAUAGCGCAGUCGGCUGAUGAAGUCAAAAGAGCCUGGUUCUAUUGCAAGGCCUGCCACGAGGACAUCAAAGACGAAACACUCAUCAAGAAGUGCAAAUGCAAAAACUUAACGGCGCACCAGCGGAAGGUUGGAGCCGACAUAGUGGCGACAUUCAGGAAGGGUGUACGAGCCGUCCAGAUGGUUGGCAGGGCAAAUGAUCACCAUCCUCCCCCCACCUUCACGCCGCCAGAGUUGCCCAAGAAGGUCCAUGUUCGAGGCGAAAUCGCCCGCGAAAGGGGGGAAGAUACAAACUUAAUAAAUCGCAACCAUCGGAACGCGCCGACGGCGAUGCUGUCUCCAAUGGCGAACCAGCUGGUGAACACGACGACGACUCGGCAAGUCAACAAAGUAAAGCCGAACGUCAAUCGAGUACCGCCCGAUACGAAUCCUCAAGAUCAAGACACGAAUUACCAGGCCUAUCACCUUGCCUACGAAGUGAAAAAGCUCAUGCCUACUAGCAGAAGCAGUGGGGGUAAUCAGAACAGCAAUGGAGUUAGUCUGCCUGCUGGAUUGGCAGACGACCAGUCGAAAGACUUCGACUUUGAAAAGACUGAAAUGAAAUACGACUCAACAGGCAUGUUCCAUUGGAGCCCUGCCAGGAAUCUUGAAGAUUGUAUAUUAGACAGAAACCAAGCGGCUAUGACGGUUCUAAAUGGUCACGUGGUCGUCUGUCUAUUCGCGGAUCCAGACUCGCCACUGAUCGGCUUGAGGAAUCUCGUGAUGCCGCUAAGAGCCUCCAAUUUCCACUACCACGAGUUGAAACACGUGGUUAUCGUGGGAAGCGUCGACUACAUACGAAGGGAAUGGAAAAUGUUGCAGAAUCUUCCGAAGAUAUCUGUAUUGAAUGGUUCACCGCUAAGCCGGGCCGACUUGCGUGCAGUAAACGUGAACCUAUGCGACAUGUGCUGCAUCCUGUCAGCGAAGGUGCCAUCGAACGAUGACCCUACACUGGCGGACAAGGAAGCUAUCUUGGCUUCGUUGAACAUCAAGGCGAUGACGUUCGACGACACGAUAGGAGUGCUCAGCGCCGGCGCGGGAGCCAACGGCAGCAACGCGCAGCCGCUGCCGGGCCAGCCCCCCGCGCCCGUGCUGCUGCAGAGGAGGGGAUCCGUAUACGGUGCUAAUGUACCUAUGAUUACAGAGCUGGUGAACGAUAGCAACGUGCAGUUCUUAGACCAGGACGACGACGACGACCCCGACACGGAGCUGUACUUGACGCAACCGUUUGCCUGCGGCACUGCGUUUGCCGUCAGCGUACUCGACUCUCUCAUGUCCACUACGUACUUUAACCAAAACGCGUUGACACUGAUCCGUUCGCUGAUCACGGGCGGCGCGACCCCCGAGCUCGAGCUGAUCCUCGCCGAAGGCGCCGGGCUCCGCGGCGGGUACUCCACGCCCGAGAGUCUGGCCAACAGAGACCGGUGUAGAGUGGGCCAGAUAUCCCUCUACGACGGUCCCCUGGCCCAGUUCGGAGAGGCCGGCAAGUACGGGGACCUGUUCGUGGCCGCCCUCAGCACGUACGGGAUGCUGUGCAUCGGCCUCUACAGGUUCCGGGACACCUCGUCCUCGUGCGACGCGAGCAGCAAGCGCUACGUCAUCACUAAUCCCCCCGACGACUUCUCGCUGCUGCCCACCGACCAAGUGUUCGUGCUGAUGCAGUUCGACCCGGGCGUGGAGUACCGCGCGUCCCGCCGCGCCGCGCCCGCCCCCAAGGACGACGCCUCCUGACUAUUGCUGUGCAGCGCCCUCACCGACGGGCCCUACUCCUACAUCUAGGGGGCCCGGCGUCUCGACAAUCCCGCCCUGAACUGCCCAAACCCUCCACUGCACAAUCGAAACUUUUAACUCGAAGUUCUUUAAUUUGAGUUGGAGACGUGAUUGGAUACAGUUUGACGGUUAAAUCUCGUAUCACAUUUUCUGAUCCUUAUCAUUUAUAGAGUACCAGCG